CUGGUCGGGCCUCGCCUAGCUAGUCGAUAUUCGCGUUGUAUAAUGUCAAUCAUAGCAAUAAUAGGAACUUUUUUUAUAGUACCGAAUCGAUUAGUCGUGGUUCGAGAGGAUCCCAUAUGUUCACGCGAGACACAAUUUGGUUUUCUCUCGGCACCUAGAAUUGGAGUGAUUGCGCCAUCAAAACCUAGACAUAAGCUAUGAGAAGCCUUCUGGGCCUGAGAACGCUGAGACAUGAUUGUCGACAAGGAAUAGAGUCUGGUAGAGUUAUCAAACUAUUGAAAAACCUAUUGCACUCCAAACCUUCUCCGGAAUAUUUUGUGGGUACAAACCACCCAGGGAGUUCAUGAGCUUCUUUUUUUAGGACUCCUGUCUUCUGGAUAAUCGAUAAAGAAAGGGGUGUUCAUCUUUCUGCAGAAUGUCCACAGUUCAGGGGGGGCCUGCUCGAAAUUGAAACCAGUGAUAGGUUGAUUGUCAAUCUCUCAACGGAAGGAUAUCAUCUGGCAUAAUCCCGUUGCAGCCAGGUAACCGAGAAGAAUCAAUCCUCAAAGAUUGCGCAGACUCUAUGGACGGGUUUGGAGAAAACAUAUUGGUGUGUUCACCCGUUCGCGCAACAUAAGGCGGUUAAUUGGGUUCAGGGCUCCACCGAUCAACAGGGGAAAGGUUCAAUGAUUCAUGGCAGUCUGCACUCUCGAUAUGCGCGUUCUACCCCGGGCGUAGACAGUUCGGACAGCCAUGGCUUCCAAGCCGCUACCCCGGUUUUCAAGUUGCGAGUCUCACGUCUCCUAAUCUCGUCCUUGAACCCCGAAGGUUCGUGGAGCAUGACGAGCAGAAUUAAAUGGGUGCUAUGUAUAAUAUAGAUUGGAAACCCCAUAUUCAGUGCCCGAGAUGAUGCGCACGCCGCACAGAGAAGCGCACGAACAGAAAGCGGUGCUAAGUCGGUGCCCGAGUCGCCGUUUCCCGCUCAUUGUUUCCCAUCAUCACAGGAAACCGGGUGAUCCGGUGGGGUUUUCUUGUUGAGGAUCGUCCAUCGCCGCGCGUCUACCAAGAGGGGUUCUUUCUGCUUUGGACGCAUUUUCUCGUUUGUACUUGUCGUGUUUAUAAUGUCUUCUCUCUAACGGUGACCAACAAAAAUGUAGAGAACAUGGCAAUGUAAUAGCGACGAUAACCGGAGCAGACCCCACUCAGACGCAUCGAGUUAGUUCGUGAAUUGUCUAAACGAGGCAACAUAUGGAAUUCCGCGAUAAUGGUGGUGUUAUGACCGAUAUUGACCAGCAUACGAUUACGAUAAGUCCCUCUACAUCGUCACCGGACCAUGAUUUUUCCUCGGGGCCUGCACGGAUGCUAUGAACUACUUCCAAUUCAGCGUCACUGCUAUUAUUAUGACGCUUCUCCAUCUUGGAUGGCGGUGCACUUAUGGGGAAAGGCUAUUUUAAGCAUGGUGGUGGGUCGGACUCGAGAUGCACGACGAAUCAGUCUUAUUGCCAUAUUGUCCAGUGCUUCCGUGCUUUUCCCGUCUCUCUCGGUCAUUGUGGCGUACAGGAGCUUGGGCAUGAGCUAAUAGUGGCUAUAUGAUGUCAGAUUCAGUGGAUAAGUCUGGAGUUGAGCUGGUCUUGAACAAGCUCACCGUCACAGGGCUGAAAGCUUUGAUAUUGAUGGAUAUGCAGAAGUGUGCAUUUAAUCGAUCAUCUGCCGACAUGAAGCACGUGCUCUUGGCUCACAGAGGAGAGGUCUAUGCGUCUGCUCCGUACAUUGGCUGACGCGUUCAAUUUCUCCUGUGAGGUAUCUUCGAUGCAAAAGUACUGGUCAUCCUCUGGACUAGUCAGACUGUUACUAGUCAUGCGAUUCAUCUGAGUAGACCAGGUCAUGAAAACUACUACUACUGCGUAUUGUAUACUGAUGUGAAGCGAUCGUGGAUGGUUCUUCGGAACCGGAUAGUGCGUCACUUAAUUUGGAAGCUAAUCAU